UACAUCAACACGGCAACUCAUAAUACAUUAAUAUUAGCUCAUGUUGUUAUUUAGAGACGCACUGUGCUGCUGAACAACAAAAAUUUGUUCCGAACACAAGAAGAGUACCAUCAUGAAGAAGCUAAAGAUUUGUGAGAAAUUAUGUCACUUAGUUGGGAUAUCAUCAUCAUCAUCAUCCUCUAACAAUCAUCAUACCAAGAGAAAAAUAUCAUCAGCACACUUUGGCUUUCCUUUCGUCGUUGCAGUUUCAGUACUGGUUCUUACAGCUACUAUCUUAUUCAUGUUCUUAUCUGUAUCCCGGCCAUCACCAUUGAAUCCCAUCGUUGAUGGUAACAAUGUUAUUAGAUUUUACCACAGAUUUUCGUUUCCACAUUGGCCUUUUUAUACAUCAAACAGUAGUACUAGUAACAUUAUUACAGGAGACAAUACCCUUGCAAUGUCUAACUUUUCAAGUAGUCAUAGUAGUUGCGGUAGAAUGUCAUGCGAUGAGAAGAAACAUGGAAAUGGUGAUGACUCUUCUAACUACGGUGAGUGUGAUAUGUUCGAUGGCGAAUGGACGAAGGUUGAAAAGCGGAAACCGUAUUAUCCUCCUGGUUCUUGUCCAUUUAUCAAACCAGAACCUUUCGCUUGUCAUGAAAAUGGAAGACCUGAUGACCAGUUCCUCCAGUGGCAAUGGCAAUGGUCAUCGAAGCAAACAACUGCAAACUGUAAUAAUAUCCCCAGGUCUCUUAACGCGACGGAUUUCCUUGAAAGGUUGAGAGGGAAACGAUUAGUAUUUGUUGGCGACUCUUUGAACAGGAAUAUGUAUGUUUCUCUGGUGUGUAUCUUGUGGAAUGUCAUACCAGAUAAGAGCAGAGUUUUCAGGCCUACGGGGAGUACACCAUUCGAGUCCAGAGGAGAUAUGUCUCUGGUAUUCGAGGACUAUAACUGUACCGUAGUAUUUGUGUGGACUGCAUUUUUAGUCGAGGAGACAAAUUCACCGGUUCGUAGAAGCCAAACCGCAUCAAAACCAAAGCCAAAGACGCUAAGAUUGGAUGUGAUUGAUGAGGUCGCGUCCUCGGUGUACCGGGAUGCUGAUAUUCUGGUGUUUGGGUCAUGGCAUUGGUGGGUUAAAGCCAAAACUAAUAAUGGAAUCAACUAUUUUCAAGAAGGCGAUUACUUAUACCCAAAAAUGGAGAUUGAUAAAGCCUACAAGAAAGCACUUAAUACUUGGAGAAGAUGGAUUGACAAGCACAUUGAUGCUAACAAAACUCAAGUGCUUUUCAGAGGACAUUCGCUUUCCCAUUACGUGGGAGGUAGAUGGAAUACGGGUGGGCAUUGCCACUUAGAAAGGGAGCCGAUCAUGAGUAACGAAACGUACGUGCAUCCAUCACCUUCUCAAGCGAAAAUACUAGAAGACGUCCUAGGACGAACGAAGACUCCUGUUAUGUAUCUAAAUAUCAGCAAACUAACUUAUUACCGGUCUGACGGACACCCAUCUCUCUAUGCGAAAAAUUACACCGCCAAAGAGAGAAUUGCAGUUCUUGAAAUUCAGGACUGCAGUCAUUGGUGUUUACCUGGUGUGGCUGAUACAUGGAAUGAGUUGUUGUAUGCUUCUCUGUUGAAAGCAGGCAAAGGGUCUUUUGGCCGCUUGUAA